AUGCGUUUCCUUGAUGCGGGGCAAUUGCUCUGGUCAUUAUCACUCUCUACUGUUGUGGUUGGUUUCCCAAAUGUAGGAAGCCACGGUGACCAAGUGCACAGAAGCUUGCACAAGCGAUGCCCGUUUUCAAAUGAGCAGCCGCAGCCUAAGGCGCAUCAUGACAAGCGCUUCCUUUUCUCGACCAUGGACUCUCCCGUUGACAUCACCGGAGAACAUUCAUUCCAGCCUCCCAACUUUGACAAUGGCGACCAGCGUGGCCCCUGUCCUGGACUCAAUGCAUUGGCUAAUCACGGCUAUAUCCCGCGCAAGGGUGUGGUGUCGUUUGGCAAUGUUAUCACCGCAAUCAACGAAGUUUACGGUAUGGGAGUCGACUUAGCCACUGUCCUUGCAAUCAUGGGCACUGUCUGGACCGGUGACCCACUCUCUCUGGAUCCCAGCUUUUCCAUCGGAGGUCGUGAUACGGGCGUCAACAAUCUUCUGGACAACCUCGGAGGACUCCUCGGCACACCCCUUGGCCUGGAUGGGUCCCACAACUUCAUUGAGGCCGAUUCCUCCAACACUCGCGACGAUCUCUACGUCACAGGAAACAACCAUAAAUUGAACAUGGACAAGUUCAUGUCCUGGUACAACAUGUCAACCAACGGCACCUUCAGCAUGGACCUCAUGGCCGAGCGCGCAAAGAUCCGAUUCGAGGAGAGCAUCCAAACCAAUCCCAACUUCUACUAUGGGCCUGUCACUGGUCUUAUUGCUCGUAACGCGGGCUACAUCUUCUCCGGUCGCUUGUUCCGCAACCAUUCCCGCGAGAAUCCAGAGGGGGUUCUGACUAAGAGCAUUGUCCGGAAUUUCUACGGUAUCUACGGUGAGGAGGGCAACCUGACCUACCGUGAAGGAUGGGAGAGAAUCCCCGAGAACUGGUACAAGACUCCUUUAGACUACGGUCUCAUCCAACUCAACCUGGAUACCAUUGAUUGGAUUUUGCAAUAUCCAGAGCUUGGAAGCAUUGGAGGAAAUACCGGUACUGUGAACAGCUUUGCUGGUGUUGACCCCGCGGAUCUAACCGGCGGUGUCCUGAAUCUCGCUGGACUCUUGGAGGGGAAUAACUUGCUGUGUUUCGUCUUUGAGGUGCUCAAGUUCGGUAGUCCCAAUGCACUGGAUGGGAUUUAUAAGACCAUUGCUGAGCCGCUCGAGUGGGUCACCAACCUGCUUGCUGUGCCCUUGUUGAACCUGACCUGCCCGGCAUUUGAGGAUCUUCAAAUUGGUGGUAAGCCAUUCUGGGAAGCGCUUCAGAAUGAUUACCCGGGUGCUUUGAAGAGCGGCAGUGCAUUCUAG